ACUCGCACAGGCGCACUUGCGCCGCAGGACCCCGGAAGUAGGGCAGCCAACGGCCCAUUAGACCCGUGGCUGUUCUAACCCCUGCGGUGCUGUCCGGGGUCGAACAUUGGUCGGUGAGGCAACUCCUUGGCGUCAGGGUUGUCGCAAAGGAGAUAAAAUCGGAGGAGGUGAACAAACCUUUUGAACGUGCCAUUGGCAAGGAACCUAACUUCUCCAGGAUGUACAGGACCAAGGUGGGCUUGAAGGACCGCCAGCAGCUCUACAAGCUGAUCAUCAGCCAGCUGCUCUACGACGGCUACAUCAGCAUCGCCAACGGCCUCAUCAAUGAAAUCAAGCCUCAGUCUGUGUGCGCACCCUCGGAGCAGCUCCUGCAUCUCAUCAAGCUAGGAAUGGAAAAUGAUGACACUGCAGUUCAGUAUGCAAUUGGUCGUUCAGAUACAGUUGCCCCUGGCACAGGGAUUGACCUGGAAUUUGACGCAGAUGUCCAGACUAUGUCCCCAGAGGCAUCUGAGUAUGAAACAUGUUAUGUCACAUCCCAUAAAGGACCGUGCCGUGUAGCUACCUACAGUAGAGAUGGGCAGCUAAUAGCUACUGGAUCUGCUGAUGCUUCCAUAAAGAUACUCGACACAGAGAGAAUGUUGGCCAAAAGUGCCAUGCCAAUAGAGGUCAUGAUGAAUGAGACUGCACAGCAGAACAUGGAAAACCACCCCGUGAUUCGAACUCUCUAUGACCAUGUGGAUGAAGUCACGUGUCUCGCUUUCCACCCAACAGAACAGAUCCUGGCCUCUGGUUCAAGGGACUAUACUCUUAAAUUAUUUGAUUAUUCCAAGCCAUCCGCAAAAAGAGCCUUCAAGUACAUUCAGGAAGCAGAAAUGUUACGCUCCAUCUCUUUCCAUCCUUCUGGAGACUUCAUACUUGUUGGAACUCAGCACCCCACGCUUCGCCUCUAUGACAUCAACACCUUUCAGUGUUUUGUCUCUUGCAACCCUCAAGAUCAACACACCGAUGCUAUAUGUUCCGUUAGUUACAACCCUAGUGCCAAUAUGUAUGUGACUGGUAGCAAGGACGGCUGCAUCAAGUUGUGGGAUGGUGUUUCAAACCGCUGCAUCACGACUUUUGAGAAAGCACAUGAUGGUGCUGAAGUUUGUUCUGCAAUAUUUUCCAAAAACUCCAAAUACAUUCUCUCAAGUGGAAAAGACUCUGUGGCUAAACUUUGGGAAAUAUCAACAGGACGCACACUGGUCAGAUACACGGGUGCAGGUCUGAGUGGACGGCAGGUGCAUCGGACACAGGCCGUCUUCAACCACACGGAGGACUAUGUGCUGCUGCCCGAUGAGAGGACGAUCAGUCUGUGCUGCUGGGACUCGCGGACGGCCGAGCGGAGGAACCUGCUGUCUCUGGGCCACAACAACAUCGUGCGCUGCAUAGUGCACUCGCCCACCAACCCCGGCUUCAUGACCUGCAGCGACGACUUCCGGGCACGGUUCUGGUACCGGAGGUCCACCACUGACUGAGCCGCCUCGCCCAGAGGUCCUUUUCUCCAGGACCCGCCCUCCUGCCCCUGUGCCCUGUCACCAGCUCCGGUAGUCAGUCAGUACCAUCGCUGGCAGGCGUGCUGCCCGCUCUGCUGCAUCCCUCUCGGGUUUGUACAGAUGGAGAAUGUGGGCAAAGCUGGAGACGCAGGGCUGCGGAUCUGCACUCACUGAUGACUAGUGUGCUUCUCAUCAGUUUGUAAAUGCAGGACGUGCCGGUUCUUCUCCAUCUCUCAAGGUUUGAAGAAGGCUAGAGUAUUAAAGUGCUUUCUAUUCUCAAGUGAACCUGUUCAUGAGGAAUUUUCACUCGGUCCUUCUGUCAACUUUCGUGCCCGUCCUGCUGUUCCCUCUUUGUGUAUUUCCUUUCCAAGUACAUGUCGAUGGACGAGGAGGCAUGCAGCCCUGAGAAGCUAGUUUUUGUGCCAUAUUGAAACCAUUUUAGAGAACCUCUCAAUUUUGUCCUGAAACAACAUCAUUCUGAUAAUAAAGCUCAGAUCUGCAACUGUAGUGUUACACAGUU